GCAAAAUGGGACAGCAGUUUACCAACGCUGAAGGGGAGCAAGGAGAGAUCGACGUGGCAGAACUGCAGGAGUGGUACAAGAAGUUCGUGGUGGAAUGUCCCAGUGGGACCCUCUUCAUGCACGAGUUCAAGAGGUUCUUCGGGGUCCAGAACAACCAGGAGGCAGCAGAGUACGUGGAAAACAUGUUCAGAGCUUUUGACAAGAACGGGGAUAACACCAUUGAUUUUCUGGAAUAUGUGGCUGCCUUGAAUCUUGUUUUGCGAGGAAAACUGGAACACAAGCUGAGGUGGACGUUCAAAGUGUAUGACAAGGAUGGGAAUGGCUGCAUAGAUAAACCUGAGCUGCUGGAAAUCGUUGAUUCUAUCUACAGGCUGAAGAGGGCGUGUUGGUCGGACACGGAGGACAGGACCCCACUGCUCACCCCAGAGGAGGUUGUGGACAGGAUAUUUGAGUUAGUGGAUGAGAAUGGGGAUGGGCAGUUGUCUCUUGAUGAGUUCAUUGACGGAGCCAGGAAAGACAAGUGGGUGAUGAAGAUGUUGCAGAUGGAUGUGAACCCCGGGGGUUGGAUCACUGAGCAGAGGAGAAAGAGUGCUGCACUUUGAGAAAAUUCAGCUUUGGUACAGCUGAAAGCGUGAUGCUGACUCCAAGUGUGACUCUUCCUCUAGGGUGGUAGGGACUUUCCCUUGUAAUCCAAUCUCAGCAUCCAGAUGAAAACUUGGAUGGUUUAAGAAGCCAUAUCUCGACCUAAAACCCAUGUGCUGCUGGUACCCAGAGACUAUUUUUGGCCCAUGAAUAAGUCUUUCUGUGUACACAGUACUGUGUUUGCCAGCUCUGGUUUUUGGUUACACCCCAAGGAACAAACUUUUUUUUUUGUGGCUUCCUGCAGCAGAUCCUGAGCAGGGUUUUAGUCUGAGGACAGACAGGAUGGGGAGGUAAGAAAGCCAGGCAGUGGUCCUGGUGUUUGCAUCACUCAGAGAUAUGACACAUCAAACCACCAGUGGCACCAACAGAGGGGCUCUGGCAGGUGUCAGACGUCCAGGAUGUCUGGGUGUGUAUUUUGUAGCCUAUAAUGUCAAAUUAGUGAAGACCAGCAGAUUGCUGAGUCCAAAAAUGAGAAUUGGACUAGAGCAGUCGCCAAGGCACCACACAGAGCUGAGGGAAACAAUGCAUGGGCUGGAGAGGGGGAGCAGUAACUCCUUCCCCUCCCUCCUGUGCACCAGAGUCUGCUCCUUCUGCCUGUCCAGAGGGUCUCUGAGGGGCUGGAUAAAUGUUCUUCUAAACACUGAGCAGCACAGGAAUUGCUCCUCUUCAGGGCCCCAUUUAGAGGACAGAAGGGCACAAGUGGGACUGGGCUCCUUUUGAGCCCCUGGUUUUUAGGGAAUCAUCACUCUGGAACAGCUUCUGCUCUGUGAAGGGUGGGUGAGCUCCAGGGGCUCCAGGGCUUUCACUGCACUGGGGAAAGUUUUGUGUGGAAGCAGAGAUAAAGGGGAGAGCAGAGUUUUGGUUGGCAGUGUCUCUGCAGUGAGAGGGUUUGUGCUGCUUUAUUGGCAGGACCACCCAAUCCUAAAUCACAGGAUGCUUUGGGGUGGAAGGGACCUUAAAACUCCUCCAGUUCCAACCCCCUGCCACGGGCAGGGAUGCCACUCACUAGAUCAGGUUUCUCCAAGCCUUGUCCAGCCUGGCCUUGAAAAGAAUAGAAAAAGUGACAAAAAUCCGAGUUAUGAAGCAGUACAGUGGUUUUACACUGGACUUAAUUUAGCCACAGAUACAAAAUUCACACACGUUGCAGGCUGAGCUCUGCUCUUCUAACCCAUAUUUCUACAUGUAUGUAUGUGGAAAAAGAGUUUGGGUUGAAUCAAUAUUUUGGGUCAUCUUUAUUGGAUUUACUGGCUCAUUUACAAGAAAAAACUAAUCAGGAAAAAAUAACAUGAGUUUGCCUGUUUUAUUUUAAUUUUCCCCUGGGGUCAGUGGACCAGGUCAUACCAAUGAAACGAUUUACAACCCCUUUUUUGUGGCCUUUAAUUAGGAGUGUACUAUCUGUCAUUAGUUGAUUAGUUUGCUGGUUUGUGGUCUUGUCAGUUUAGCCAGUGUUUAAAUUCAGGGACACGAGGAAGUGUUCAGGAUAAGGCACAAUCAGUGCUAGAGUUCAAAUCAUAGAGAUUUCCACUUCAAAAUAGCCUUUCUAAGAGUUCUCUGUAAAUACACACUAGUCUGUGCUGUGCUUACUUAUCAGAGCUGAUUAGACUCCUGGUUUGUGCUGCUCUUUCAGGCCCUUUCAAGUCAAUAGUUUAUCAGCCAAAGAUCUGACAGAAAAAUCUCGCUUCUGACUCGAGAGCCUGCGUGAAAACAUUCACUUCUGUGAAAUGUGAAUGAAAACAUUCGACUUGUGGAGAAAUGUUUUCAUUAGAGGAUACAAAUCUCUAAUUCCUUGAAUUUCAGCAUCUCAACUGACGUAACAAACUCUGCUUCUUGCACAGUUUUGCAGUGGCUGUUUAGUUACUGUAGUUGCACGUUGCUGGUUGACUUCAACGCUUUAAAUUCUCUAAUUCUGCUCAGCCCCAGGCACUGAAGGGG